AUGUCUGCCGAAGACGAGUGGAGCACCCUUCUUGGGGAAGACGAAGCGAUCACCCAAGCAAGUGGUCUCCCGGAUCUCGGUAGCUUUACACUUUACAAGUUUGAAGAAGUUCUCGAAAACAAGGAUGACUUUGAGGUCUGCGCUCGUUCCAUUAUCGAAAUCCUCCCAGAGUUGGAGAUGAGAAUGGAUAUGGAAGUUGUCUAUAUGAGGCAGCCGACUGGCUUCGAAUAUUUCGACGCAGAAGGUGAUGCCAAUCAAUGGGUUUGCACGUUAAAUCAGGCUUUGUUUGGCCUACGUGACUCGGCUUACCUUUGGAACGAAGCUAUGGAUUGCAAGCUACGUCAAAUCAGUUUCCAUCCGAUCGAGAAUGACCCAUGUGUUUAUGUCAAAGGCAAAGGUUCACAGAUCACAAUCAUGAUGAUCUAUGUGGAUGAUUUCAUCAUUGCAGUUCCUACGGAUCAAGAAAUCGAAUCUUUUGUUGAUCAAUUGCGCCAAUUCUAUGAUAUGAAGGCUCUUGGCGAACCAAACAGCACCUAA